AUGGCUGAUAAUUCGUAUUCAGACGAUGAAGCUUUUGAUAAUACUAAUGCCGAACUAAUGGUCGAGGCAUUCAAUCUAGCGUCUGAAGUGGAUAAUUAUAUCUUUGCAGAUGCUACAGAUGAGUACGUUAAAAUAGGCGAAUCGACGGUUUUAGAAGCUUUGAGGCAGUUUUGUCGUGCCAUUGUGGAGGUGUUUGGAGACCGCUAUCACCAAACACCUAAUGCUAAUAAUGUGGCACGACUACUCCAAGUUGGAGAACAACGAGGUUUUCCAGGAAUGUUAGUUAGUCUAGAUUGUAUGCAUUGGAAAUGGAAGAAUUGUCCAACCGGUUGGGGCGGACAAUAUUCCAGUCAUAGUAGUUCUCCAAGUAUUAUUCUUGAAGUUGUAGCUGACUAUGAUCUUUGGAUAUGGCAUGCAUAUUUUGGUUUGUCGGGGUCCAACAAUGAUAUUAAUGUGUUGGAGUCCUCCCAUCUUUUUGCAAAUCUUGAUGCAGAAGAUGAACGUGAUAUUAAUGCACCAAUUGAAGAACAAAAUGAAGUGCAAGACGUGGGAGUUGAGAUGAUGAACGAUAACAAUGGUGGACUUGAACAAUUUCUUGCUCGACACAGAAAGAUCAAGGAUAAAGAUGCUCACUUCGAACUUCGUAAUGCAUUAAUUGAUCAUUUGUGGGACGAGUAUACUAACUCGGAGAAUUAG